AUGUCAGUAACCAUCCGUCCAAUUGAGGCAAAAGAUAAAGAAGAAUGGUUGAAUCUUUGGACCGGUCCAGGAGGAUACAUUGAGUUCUACAAAGCUCAAAGCGCCAUUACACCGGAGAUUUCCGACACGACAUUUGCAAGAUUCUUGGACCCAACUGUGCCAAUGUACUCGGCAGUGGCUGUUGAUGACUCAACAGGGAAAGUAAUUGGAUUUGCAAACUACUUGGCCCAUUUAAACACCUGGACUGUGGAAGACACCAUGUAUUUGAACGAUUUGUUCGUGUCUGCCGAUAACAGACUUCACGGUGUGGGAAGAAAAUUGAUCGAGCACGUUUACGCAGAAACCGAUAAGUUGGGCUGCAAAAAAUGCUACUGGAUGACGCAGUUCGAAAACCACCGCGCCCAAUUGUUGUACACCAAAGUCGGGGUCAAAGGUGGGUUCUUGGCAUACUUUAGACCAGGCGAUAUCUAA